AUGACAAGUUUACUAAAGAUUUAUUCAUGGAUUUCAAUCAUUUUUCCAUGGUUUUCUUCGUUACUUUAUCUAUUCUUACCUGGUGAAACAAUGAAAUAUUUUGGUCAUUCACCUACACCAUCAGGUGAAUUUUGGGUACAAGUUGUAGCAAGUGGAGAUAUNUCAUGGAUUUCAAUCAUUUUUCCAUGGUUUUCUUCGUUACUUUAUCUAUGCUUACCUGGUGAAACAAUGAAAUAUUUUGGUCAUUCACCUACACCAUCAGGUGAAUUUUGGGUACAAGUUGUAGCAAGUGGAGAUAUCCUCAUUGGAUUUCUUGCUUUAGUUGAACUAAGAACAAAAUAUAAUGAUGUAUCGAAACUAAUUCUACAAUCAAUUGCUAUUUAUACUAUAUUUCAUAUGUCUACUUUUUGA